AUGACUUCUCACCCUAUGCAACAGUGUUGCGUCAUCGGCGUCAAGCAUGAAGGCACACCGAAAGGAGACAUCAAAAACAUUGGCGACAUCCGCGCAUACAUUACCUACCCUGAAAACCGCAGCACCCAGAACGCCAUCCUCAUCAUGACCGACGUCCUCGGCUUCGAGUUUCCAAACGUGCAACUCAUCGCAGACCAGUUCGCAGCAAACGGCUACUUUACCAUCAUUCCUGACGUCUUCAAUGGAAACACGGUCCCACUCAACCCCGGGCCUGACUUUGACUUCCCUACCUGGAAAGCCACUAAGAUGCCUCGCGAAGCUGCUGUCGACCCCAUCUAUGCCACCGUCAUCAAGCACCUGCGCGGCGAGCUUGGCGUGAAGCGCUUGGGUGGCGUAGGAUACUGUUUUGGCGGCAAGUACGUAUGCAGAUGGCUCAAGGAGGGUGGCCUUGAUGCUGGCUAUACUGCGCACCCAAGUUUUGUCGAGGUGCACGAGCUAAAGGGAAUCAAAGGGCCGCUGAGCGUCGCCGCGGCGGAGACGGACUUUAUCUUUCCUGCGGAGAAGAGGCGGGUGACCGAAGAUGUACUCAAGGAGAUGAGUGUGCCCUAUCAGAUGACGCUCUACUCGGACGUGGAGCAUGGCUUCGGCGUCAAGGGCGAUCUGUCUCAUCAACGCGCACGAUUCGCAAAAGAGCUGGCCUUUUUGCAGGCUGUCCUCUGGUUCGACGAGUAUGUCAAGAAGGAGACGCAUGACACGCCUAUCCCAAACCCUAGCUGCUAG